AUGGACCUCAACGCCUCGUUCAACAGGUGGCCUUGCCACUUCUUCAUGGACCUCACCGUUAUCUGCGGCGAGUAUGUCUAUGCCCCGGACUCGGUGUGCGGCAAAUGCAUGCUCAUGGGGCGUAAGAAGGCCCCUAAGCCGACCGACAGCCUGACUCUGCCAAGCAUCACCGCGCAGUCCGCCGCGCCCACAAGCCUGACUCUUCCCAGCAUAGACGUCGCGCCCAGCUCUCUAGCCGUCGGAGCCCAGCGCAGCAACCCGCGAAACAGCAACCCGUGGAUGCCGCCGCCGCCGCUCCCACCGCGGCACCCGCUCGACGCCAACUACUCAGCAAUGCUAGAAGCGUCCCUCAGAGCGCUCAGUAAGGGGCCGUCGCUGUCCGACGCGCACAGCUGGGCGGAGCCGCAGAAGCAGGACGCGGAUGCGGGCGGCGGCGGCUCAACGUCGCCCUCGCUGUACCGGUCGCAGUACAAGUCGCUCGCGGACACGGGCGGCAGCUUAUCGUCGCCGCCGCUGUUCCAGACGCUCUCCGUAGACCCGCCGCGGCAGCCGUUCGUCUCAAAGCGGUCGGCGGCCGACGACAACUACUUGGCGGUGCUAGAAUCCUCGCUCAACGCGCUCAAGAGAGGGCCGUCGUCGCUAUUCAACGACGACAGCUGGGCGAAGCGGCAGAAGCAGGACGCGGACGUGGGCGGGCCCACUUCGGCGGCCCUGCUGUACAAGCCCCUCCCGGACCUGCCGCCGCUCCGGCCGCCGCUCAACCACACCUACCCCGAGCCGCUCAGCCACCGGCCCAUGCAGUCGCUGACUCUGACUGAUGAUGAUCUGUACGACCCCCCUAGGAAGGAGAAGGCGGAGGAGGCGGAGGCGAGUUCCAAGGACAAGGGCAAGGGCAAGGGCAAGGGCAAGGGCAAGGCUGUUGAUGACGACACGUAUGACCCGUCGAGACCAAUUGCCUGGGACCUGGCGUCGGAUUCGGACUCGGGCGGCGACAUGAGCAUGAGUGACUACCGGGCGCUGCUGCCGCCGACGCCAGCACCGCCCAUCCUGCGGUGGGGCCUGGCCACCAUCCCCGAGUACGCGCCCUUAGCCAAGACGCACUGGGGUCUGAAAGACACCAAAAUGGUGUCGAGCAAGAAGACGCCGGCCAAGCCGGGCAAGAGCAGCGCCGCCCAGGUCCACCGCAGCGGCGGCAAGUCGCCGUCUCCCAGCCCGUUCGCGCCGCCCGUGACGCCCAAGCGCGCUACUACCAAUACCGCUGCUGCUGCCACGACGGGCAGCCAGAAGAAGAAGGGUGCCUCCGCCCAGAAGGAGUGGAACUUUACGCAUCUGCCCAUCAAGCAGGAGGAGCGCAAGAAGAACGGCCGCGUUGAGGGCCGCAACCUCAUCACCUGGAACCGCCCGCGCAUGGCGGAGAAAGUGCUCCUGCACAUCCAGUACGAGUGCGCGCGCCGCAGCAUCGAGCUGCCGUGGGACGCCAUCGCCCACCGCCUGCACCCGGGCUCGACGGGCGGCGCGGUCCAGCAGCACCUGGUGCGCCUGCGCAGCGCGCUGGUGGCCGAGGGCCACCUGGUCCCGCCCGUGUCGGCCAAGCACAACGCCCGCGUCGUGGCCCCCGUCAACCAUGACAUCCGCGGCUUCGUGCGCGCCCACCCAGACGGCGUCGACAAGACGUCAGUCCGCGAGGUCAGAUGGGACGAACCCAUGGACGACCUCAAGUGGAACCUGCCCGACGCAGGCGACUUUCCCCCCUCCGCCCCGGCUUCACCCCUCGGCAAGCGCGCUGCUGCGGCGACUUUUUAUGAUGACGACGACGAGCAAGAGGAGGGUGCCGACGACGAUGACAUGGCCGUCGACGAAGACGACCACAUGGUCGUCCGCAAGUUUGUUCCGGCUGGCCACAGCGCCAAGCGUGCCCGCCGCAUGGCCGCCCCAGCCCGCCACGUCGCCGGCAGUCACCGCUGCGAGUCGGCCAAGAAGAAGCCGGCCUCGGCCGUCAAGCGCGAGAAGGCCGACACCGACACCGACACCGACACCCACUGCGAGUUGCUGUGGGAGACGCAGGUGUCGCCGUCGCUGGGCCGCCGCCGCUCCGCCGCAGUCGUCCAGUCGCACUCGCAGUCACUCUCGCACAUGACCUCGAGCAGCAGCGACAGCGCCACCGCCCACAUGGGGAGCCUCAAGGAGGGCUACCAGCGCGGAAGCGACGACGAGUCUGUCGUCAUUGCGGACGAUCUGGAUGGUGAUGACGACGACGACGACGACGACAUGGAGCUGCCCGUCCUCCCGCGCCGCCGCAAUUUGGUCUCGCCGCCGGUUGCUGCCGCCGCCUACAAGGGCCACAAAAGCAAGAAGAGCAAGAGCAAGCACGCUGCGUCAUCUCGCCGUGCCGCCGCCGCCGUCACCGCUGCGCCUGCAGCCACACCCGCUGCCCCGAUCGACGCCAACCUUGCCAUGCUCAGCAACAUCGCGCCGCAGCUCGCCAACCUCGUCCAGCAGCUGUCGAGCGCCAACGGCCUAGCCAACCUCUUGUCUGGCGCUGGAACUUCUCCAGCCGCACCUACACCUUCAGUUACCGCUGCCGAGCCUAAGCAGCAACAGAAGCAGAAGGACGACUCGCCUGCUGCUCCCGCCGUCGUCGAUGAUGCUGGCACCGAUGCCGCAGCCGAUGGCGACCAGCCAGCCACGCCCGCGCACCGGCAGGAGAAGCGCGCAUCCUCGUCCAAGUCGUCCAACUCGGUCGGUGCGCAAAAGGACGACGACUUCUUCCAGGUGCUGCCCGUGACUUUGCCGGCGGUCGCCGUCGCCAAGAAGAAGGGCACCAGCAACAGCGGCGCGACGACCGAGGAGGACCUGCCUAGCAGCAGCGAUCCGGCCAUGCCAGCUCCAGUGGCAGUUCAUGUCGAGGAGGAUCUUGCUGCGAAUAUCGGCAAUGGCGACGAGCGGUUUGGUUGGGGCGUUCCCGCCCAUGGCGGCGAGGAAAUGGCCGAGGAGGAGCAGGAGCACAGCGGCUUCUUCUGGGAGAUGCUGUACGGCACGGAGCCGCACGGGCUGGUUGAGCGGGGCGAGUUCGACGAUGGCAAGGGGUUGUACUACUGA